GCGGGCCCGAGUCGCCGCGGGGCGCCGCCGGCUAAGUGAACGCCACGGUCCCCACGGCCCGCCGGUGGCGCUGCCAGGAGGCUGUGCGGUGCGGUGCAGCCCGCAGCCUCGCCACCCCCACGGCCCUACCGAGCGACGAUGAGCCCGGCUGACAGCGCCCUGAGCCUCCGCCCGGCCUCGGGGCAGCUGCACUGAGCCCGGCGCGCCGGGCCCGGUUCUCCGCGCUCACCCAGCGCUCAUCUCCCCCCCCCCCCCUCGCCUAGUUCGCAGCGUCUCAGCACCCGCCGCGGCUGGCGGCCGCCGCGCCUGGGCCAUGGGGCUGCCCACUCUGGAGUUCAGCGAUUCGUACUUGGACAGCCCGGAUUUCAGGGAGCGACUGCAGUGUCACGAGAUCGAGCUGGAGAGAACCAACAAGUUCAUCAAAGAGCUGCUCAAGGACGGCUCUCUGCUCAUCGGGGCGCUGAGGAAUCUGUCCAUGGCUGUACAGAAGUUCUCCCAGUCUCUGCAAGACUUCCAGUUUGAAUGUAUUGGGGAUGCAGAAACGGAUGACGAGAUCAGCAUUGCUCAAUCUCUGAAAGAAUUUGCAAGGCUGCUUAUUGCCGUGGAAGAAGAAAGGCGGAGACUGGAUGGAAAGAAGAAGUUUGACAAAGAGAGUGAAAAAUACUAUUCUAUUCUGGACAAACAUUUGAAUUUGUCAGCAAAGAAAAAGGAGUCUCAUUUGCAAGAGGCAGAUUCACAGAUUUGCCGAGAACAUCAGAACUUCUACGAAGCUUCAUUAGAAUAUGUCUUUAAAAUCCAGGAGGUUCAAGAGAAAAAGAAGUUUGAGUUUGUGGAACCGCUUUUGUCCUUCCUUCAGGGUUUGUUUACAUUUUACCAUGAGGGAUAUGAACUCGCCCAGGAAUUUGCACCGUAUAAGCAACAGCUGCAGUUCAACUUGCAGAAUACAAGGAAUAACUUUGAAAGUACUCGGCAAGAGGUGGAGAGACUGAUGCAGAGGAUGAAGUCGGCCAACCAGGAUUACAGGCCCCCCAGCCAGUGGACCAUGGAGGGCUAUCUUUACGUCCAGGAGAAAAGACCACUGGGUUUCACGUGGAUCAAACAUUAUUGCACCUACGACAAAGGAAGCAAAACGUUCACGAUGAACGUCUCGGAAGUGAAAGCCAGUGGGAAGAUGAACGGCCUUGUUACUGGUUCACCUGAAAUGUUUAAAUUAAAGUCAUGUAUCCGACGAAAGACAGAUUCAAUUGACAAACGCUUCUGCUUUGACAUCGAAGUGGUCGAAAGGCAUGGCAUCAUCACGCUACAGGCAUUCUCUGAAGCCAACCGGAAACUCUGGCUGGAGGCCAUGGACGGGAAAGAACCGAUUUACACGCUGCCUGCCAUAAUUAGCAAGAAAGAAGAAAUGUACUUAAACGAAGCAGGGUUCAACUUCGUGAGAAAAUGCAUUCAAGCUGUGGAAACACGAGGCAUCACCAUUUUAGGCCUGUACCGAAUAGGAGGCGUGAACUCCAAGGUCCAGAAACUCAUGAACACCACAUUUUCUCCCAAAUCCCCUCCUGAUAUGGACAUUGAUAUUGAGCUGUGGGACAACAAGACUAUAACAAGUGGGCUGAAAAACUACCUCAGGUGCCUUGCAGAGCCACUGAUGACUUACAAAUUGCACAAGGAUUUCAUCAUUGCCGUCAAGUCAGACGACCAAAACUACAGAGUGGAGGCAGUCCAUGCACUGGUGCACAAAUUGCCGGAGAAAAACAGAGAGAUGCUGGACAUACUGAUAAAACACCUGCUCAAAGUAUCACUACACAGCCAACAAAAUCUCAUGACUGUGUCGAAUCUCGGCGUCAUAUUUGGUCCAACCCUGAUGAGAGCGCAGGAAGAAACCGUAGCUGCCAUGAUGAACAUCAAGUUUCAGAAUAUAGUGGUGGAAAUCCUGAUUGAGCACUAUGAAAAGAUUUUUCAUACUGCCCCAGACCCAAACAUUCCUCUUCCUCAGCCUCAGUCUCGAUCUGGAUCCCGAAGGACCCGUGCCAUCUGCCUGUCCACAGGUUCUCGGAAGCCCAGAGGGAGGUACACGCCAUGCCUAGCAGAGCCUGACAGUGAUUCCUACAGCAGCAGCCCAGACAGCACACCCAUGGGCAGCAUAGAGUCGCUCUCUUCCCAUUCCUCUGAACAAAAUAGCACCACAAAGCCGACUUCCUGCCAGCCCAGGGAGAAGUCAGGUGGCAUCCCCUGGAUUGCAUCUCCAUCAUCUUCCAAUGGACAGAAAAGUCUGGGUCUCUGGACAACUAGUCCAGAGUCAAGUUCUAGAGAAGAUGCAACCAAAACAGAUGUGGAGUCAGACUGCCAGAGUAUGGCCUCCAUCACCAGCCCGGGGGACGUGUCUCCCCCCAUAGAUCUAGUCAAGAAGGGGCCCUAUGGGCUCUCAGGACUGAAAAGGUCCUCUGCUUCCUCCUCUCUCAGAUCCAUCUCUGCAGCUGAAGGAAACAAGAGCUACAGUGGAUCCAUUCAAAGCUUAACUUCUAUAGGCUCCAAAGAGUCACCCAAAGCCACGCCAAACCCAGAGCUGCCUCCGAAAAUGUGCAGGAGGUUAAGGCUAGACCCCACCUCCAGCAAUGGCUACCAGCGACCUGGCUCAGUGGUGGCAGCAAAGGCUCAACUCUUUGAAAAUGCUGGGUCGCCCAAGCCAAUUUCUUCUGGACGCCAAGCCAAAGCCAUGUACUCCUGCAAAGCCGAGCACAGUCAUGAGCUGUCCUUCCCCCAGGGGGCGAUCUUUUCCAACGUGCACCCAUCAGUGGAGCCAGGCUGGCUAAAGGCGACUUAUGAAGGCAGAACAGGACUAGUCCCUGAAAACUAUGUUGUCUUCCUCUAAUAGUAUUAGUGGACGGCAGUAUCUUCAUGGUAUCCAUGGUAACACAUAAUAAGUGCUAUGAUUUUAUCUGACACAGAUAUGGGGGACCAGCCACUAAAUGAAAACAUCUAUUUGUCUCGAGUUUUUCCCCAGCAGAGUAUGUAGCUCCCACCUGAUGUAAAGAGAUAAAAAAAAUCUGUACAUCUUAGCCAUUCUUUUUGGCUGUUUCCUUACUUCUAAAAUACACUUGCUUUUUUUUUUUUUUUUUUUUUUUUCUUUUUUUUUUAAGAAGUGAUUUUCGACAGUGUCUGCUCUUUAGCAGCUGCAGAAUCCUAGAUACUGAGCUCGGUUCUACAUACCUAAGAUUUGGAAGUCAGAAAUCUGCUGUACCCAUGUUAAGAUAUGUUCCUUAUUGCCUGGAAGUCUCUGAGGAACCUUGAAAUCAUAACCUGAAAAAUGUAAUUUAAACUGUUCAUUUAUUAUUUUUGUUUUUUUAAAAUAUACUGUUUUAUGUGUGAUUGUUUUGCUGGUCCUAAACAUUUCAAGAGAAUCAGUCCUUGUUUUAUCAUAGCUAUAUUUUUAUUUGUUUUCUAAGAAGAUAGUAUUUGAAAGCAAUAAUGUAUAUGAAGUCUGUAAAGAAAGCCGAGUUAAGUCGAACACUGAAUCCACCAUAAGCAGUCUAUCCAGAAUUCAAGAUGGCGUCUGUGGGUUCCCAGAGAAACAAGACUAUUGAGCCCGGAAGUCAAUACUUCGUGGCAGGCUAGAUUUCACUUGUGAACCUGCCCUUGAGGAGGCCUGUAAACCUAUCUUGGAACUUUCAUAAAACUUCCCGGUAAAACACAAAUGCUAAUAAAGGGCAUGUGCUUCUCUUUGCUUCCUAGCAGCAUUGUGACAUUGUGGUGACAGUUAUGGGAAGUGUAAGGUGCUGUGCAGCACACAACCUUCCCUCUGGCAGUGCUAACCUCUCCAGGUAUUUUAAUGAUGGGGAAGAUUUGACCUCUGGCAUGGUCUUGUACGAAUGAUAAAGAUGUUGUUGGAAAUUUAAAUUGGGAAGCUGUGCCUUCUAAUCUUUGUUUAGUUGAAGUGGAAAACAAACACCAAAGUGCUGGGUUCUUAGGCAACCUGGAUCUGAAUUUUUUUCCCAAGAUUUAUUUAUAUGAAUAUUUUCACAUAUUCACAUGUACACCUUUUACCCAUGAAGGUCAGGAAAGGGAGGUGGAGAGCCUUGAACUGCAGUUACAGAUGGUUCUGAGUCCAUACAUGGGUUCUGGGACUCCAAAGCUGGUCCUCUGGAAAAGCAGCAAGUGCUCUUAACUGGCCCCAGGCCACAGAGGUUGAAAGCAUGCCCUCGUCACUAGCAGGAAUGAAGUUCACAGAGGUUUUCUUCAGUGGUGUUCAGUGUAUGUCCUUUCCAAAGAAAUCCACUCAGUUAUAGAGCUCACACAGCCAAGAGGUAUUUACUCUCCAUUUACAGGUUAUCAACAAAGGGUUAUAUACCAGCCGCUUCUUCUCUCAUAAUCUACUUCAGUAAUUCCACCCAUAAUUCCUAUGAGUGUCUACAAUGGCAAAAAAACAAAAACAAACAAACAAACAAAAAAAAACAAACCUUUUCUUCUCCAUGCUCUAAAAAAUGGUCUUUCCAGGCCCAAGUAUAGGGCCUUGUUAUCUAAAUGAUUCCCUCAGUUUUCUCUAGUUCAUAGACACUUGGGUGUCUAAAGGUCCAUGAAGCUGUUUUUACAUGUUUUAGACUUUACUCUCAAUUCAUCCUACAUUGCAUCACUGUUUUUAGAGCUAAUAGCCUGAGUAUACACACAGCACUGUGCCUUGGUGCAUUUAUGCUUUUAAAUGAAAUAUGGUAAUGGUUAGAAUUAAAGAGUAGAGAGUAACAAUAGACAGAUGGAUACAUGCAGAAAUUACAUCAGUAAACUGAAGGCAAUGAAUGGAAACCAUCUCAUAAAGGUUCUUUGGCUCUUUCUCUUUCCUCCUGAUGGUGGUCCCUGCAUACUGCAGUGAGGUGUUGCUGAGCCCCUGCUCACGGUGGGUGCCUGAUGGCUUUUAGUACAAGAAUGGCAUUGCUGUCUCUGAUGAACUUUUCCUGGAAUCUGUAUGAUAAAGGUAGCCUUUAUCAUACCUACCUACAGGGCACUCUGCUGAGCCCAUGGUCAUCACCCCCUUGCAUCACAUUAGCUCAGGACCCCUGAAGGCAAACUGGUCUGCUUUCAAAGACCAGCUGGACAGCAAAGCUUUGGAGCUUUCUCUGCUACUGCUGCUUCUGUCUUAUUUUAAUGCAGACCAGAGCAUUGCUGCCUCCCAGCUGUGAGCCAAACCCACCGAUGCUUCCUGGAGGCUUUAGGGCUUCUCCUCUGUAGAACAUGGGUAUGAGAUCUAGCUGUCCUUUCACAUGGCGAGGUUUACUCCGUGCCAUUAUUUGUCGAGGUUCCAUCCCUGAAACAAGACACAAACAUGCUGCUUCGUGUUGCACUUGUGCUUGAAGUCCUGACCUUUUAGAUCUUUUUCUUCGUGUUAUUUAUGCAUGUGAGGAAAUCAUGAUGCUAGGCUGGAGAGAGGAUAAUGCUGCUUUCCCCCUGAAGUCAGCUUCCUGCAGAUGAAGCACUCAGGUGCAUGCAAAGAUCAAGACCUGAAUGCUGAAGCACAUGGAAGGUUUGCUGUGCACGAGAGCGCUGCCAGGCAUGGAAGAGGCUCGCCCCAAACUGUGAUCCCAUUGAAGCAAUGAAGAAGCUUACCUGCCCAGAGACAGUGGAGCGCGUUAGAACUGUCACAGCCGCAUGCUGAGACCUAUGACAUGCACCCAAGUAAACGCUUAUAGAUAGUUUGAUCCUUGUGAGGUGGCAUUGAGGGUUUGAUGUAACCCCUUCCGUGUUUUGUUCAGGUAUCCCUGAGUUCGAAACAUUGAUGUAUAAACAGGAGACUCUUUGUCUAUGUCGCCAUUCCACUAAGUUCGGUCCAUACGAGUUAGUCAUUCAACUGAACGAUUUUCCUAAUGUAUUGUGUGUCAGUAUCUGAAAAGUAAAAUAAUCUUUCUAUCUCUGCA